UUGAAUUGAAAUAAAGGACAAAUAUGUACCUAAUAAUGACAAUGAAUGAGUGUGAUAAUUAUAUCUUUCAUUAUUUGAUUUUAUUGUAAUUACGGUUUCGGAUAUAUGAAAUUUCCGGAUUAUUAAAUAAGGAAAAGUAAGAAAUAUGGAGACAAUUUAUAAUGAUAUUGAAACUAGAUUCAAAAUAUGUGAAGAUACUUUUAAGAAGGGUCAAAAUUACCAAGAUGCACAAAUGACUUCAAGUACAGUAUCAAGUCUUUCGUCUCCAGUGGACUCUGGAGUACAAAUGUUGGAUAGUGAAAGUGAGUUAACGUCUGUUAUGUCAGUAAGUGGAUUGGGUUGUGAUACGGAUAUAUUGCCAGAAACUGAUGUGGUAAUAAAAAAUUUUGAGAAUAUAUCAGAUAAUGUUAACAGUAAUGUAAAACUAAACCUACUGACUGACAGACAGGAGCAUAAGAAUAUAAAAAUUAAUGAUGAUUAUGCUGGUGAAACGGGCGAAAAAGAGGAUAGUGGAAAAGAAGGGAAAAUUUCGCAUGAUAAAAUAAAUAGAGAGCUUGCAAGUAAACACGGCAAUUGUGAACAUGGUAUAUAUGACUUAUGUCCAGAAGAAAAAUUUACUAAAGAUGAAAUUGAUGAAAAUAUAGUAUCAACUGCCAAGAAAGAUAAUACUCAGUUCGAAGAAAAUAAAGAUAUGACAGUUAAAGGCAAUUGUGGUAUUCAAAAUACUAACUAUGAUUAUAAAAAUAUAUCUACAUCUGUACUAAAUUACUUUGACAAAUAUGAUAUGAUAUUCGAGGUUUCCUUAAACCCUUCGGAUGGGCAUAAUCUGGAAUCCAAAAGUUUUAGUGACGAUGUUUUUGAAAUGGAACAUCCAAUAAAAAAUGCAGAAACUGAAAUGAUGAAUGUUUCAUUAAAUAGUUACGAGUUACUAGACUAUACUUUACAGAAUACAAAGUUAAAUGCAGCAAAUACUGAUAUGCAUGUUAGUCUUUCAGAAGAAGUCAAUGAGAAUUUAAGAAUUAACUUAAACUGUCCUGUAGAAGCUGUUCCACCAUUAUCUGUACCAGAAACUGUUCCUGAAGCUGAAAACAAAGAUACAAAACCAAUUGAGGAACAAAUAGUAUUUCGUCGUCAAAGAAAGAAAAAGUCCAAAUCAGACACGCCCAAGAAACGUGUCUCUUUUCAUGAGGAUAUAUUGAAUAGUACUAAAAUAGAUGAUAUACACAUUAAUCAUGGUUUUAUCACACAUGAACCUGAUGUGUCAUUGAGUUUCUUCCAAAGGGGUUUUAUAAGGAAACCAGAUGUGGUUAAAGGUAGAUACAGCUGGGCAGCUGAAGGCGACGCUCCAUAUUAUGAGAAAAAUAUAUCAGAGCGCGAAAUAAAAUCUGAUAUUUAUAUACAUCAUCCAAGAUAUUCUUCUACUUCUUCCAGCUCGACAGCUAGUAUUUCUAGUUCUAUAGACGAAGAGGAUAAUUCAAAUUCAGAUGAAAAUUAUGUUAGAAAAGAACCCAGCCUCAAAUCCAAACCAAAAUCUAGUUGUUUGAAAAAGACGAGAAGUACAAGAAAAUACAUUGACACCAACAUUGUCCAAGAAGAAAACAAUUUGAAGAAGAAAAAAUCUGAAGCUAACUUGUUGGACUCAAAUAUUUUUGGCAGCUUGAAAAAUAUUUUAAAUUUCUCAACUUCUGUUCCUUUGGCAGAGCGAGGAGUUCCCGAAGGUCAAGAAGACGUCACAGUCUACUCUUCCUCAUAUGAUGUUACAAAUAGACGGCGUUCUUUUGGGAGUCUCUCUCUGAAAAACUUUGAAACUAUUGAAAUAAAACCUACUCCAGUGAAUAAAGUUCUUGAGGCAAAAACUAAUUUGAAAUUGACCAAGAGUGAAGGGUUUUACCCAAAUUACCCUAAUAUUCCUCAGAAUUUACCUGCAAAUAUUAUACUUUGUGAUAGUAAUGUUUACGAGCAUAAAGGAAUUAGUUAUUCAUACGAGUAUGAUAAUUUCCAAAAAAAUUUUGAGAAAGAAAAUAAACCAAAAAGCUCAACCGUUUACCAGAUGAUCUUAAAGGAACUGAAUUUUUUUCGUAGAAGGGCUAAAGAUGAGCCCGAAGUAGAGGGUGAGGAGGAUUUUGAAGCAAUAAAUAAUACCUCCACCCCAACUAAAAAUGAUGAUAAGAUCGAAGAAGUUCAAGAGCCGGAAUUUAAAGACUCGAAGCCGUCGACAAAAAAUAAUUCAAAUAAAUAUUCCUCUACUACUAAAGUGGAUUGGUCUGAUAACGAAACUAUAUCCGAUUUCUCCGAACCACAGAAUCCUAGGCAUUUGAGUUCGCCUAAAAGAAAAGUGAAGAGGAAUAACCACUAUUCAGUAAGUCAGUCAUUCAAGGUACCUCUCUCAGAAAAUAGAAGUGAAGACUCUGAUACAGCUAGGUCAUUACCUUCUUUAAGGCCAUCCACUUCAAAAACCUCAUUGAUAAGCAGGUUUUUGAGAAAUGUUACAUUGAAGAAAAUGAUUGAUGUCAAGGUUCAAAAUAAGGAAAAGAGCUCAAGAAGAUUAAUGAGUUUGUACAUAAAGGGCAUAAAGUCCAAUAAGGUAAAUGAUGAUUUGGACAAAGAAUUAGAAAAAGAAAUUGCAUUGGGACAAGAGAAAAGACAGAACUGUGAAAAUUUGUUGGAUAAAAAAAUGAUUAUUCAGUUUAGAAAAGAGCUUUUUAGGAGUAGGCUUGAGAAACUCAUAAAGGUCUUUCCGGUUCGAAGUGCAUAUACUACAAAUGGAGAUACUAAACCCCUUCUAGUUAUCUUAACAGAUAGCACCCUGUACAUUGCGGGAAUGAAACCCAACAGUACUUACUGCAAUCACUUUGUUUUACCAUACACGGAACUUAACACUGUAUUAAUUGGACCUAAUGCACAGACAAUUCACUUAUCAAAUUACGAUAAAGACAUGCAGUGCAUUAUUAGCACUGGAUGCUGCAAUGUAACGGGUGAUCUUGUGGGACAGCUGGAAAUAGCUAUGAGGAGGGACAUGAAUAAACCUAGAUUACCAGCAGUUAAGCAGCUUAGUAUGAGAGAUAUGGUUAAUUUGAGACGUGCCAUAUGUAAACAAACUUCUGUUGAAAAGGAUGAGGAAUAUUUCUAUUACAGUAUUGUUAAUAUACAAGAUUUCAAUUCUGACAUGGAACCUACUCCCUUAGGACCUACUAAAGAAGGUCCUUUAAUGUUUAAGACCUCCGAGUCUGAGUCAUCUCGUUGGGAGACUGCAUAUUUUAUUUUGAAGGCUGGUGUUUUAUAUAUGCUCUCUUCAGCAUCUCAAAGAGUGCCUUUGAGGGUUUUUCCUUUAAUAAAUGGGUCUUGCCAUGGAGCCAGAAGGAUUUUUAACAGCCACAGGCCACAUACUUUUCAAUUAAUAGUGGAAGGAAAGAGCUUAUUAUUGGCAGCUCCUGAUGAAUAUGUUGCCAGCGAGUGGCUGCAGGAAUUAGUACAUGCGGCUAGUGGCACAUACAGCCAUCGAGACAAAAAUCCAACUCAGUCAUGCUCGCUAUUAAUGACAAGUGAUCACAUUCUUACAGUAAGAGAAGCAUUUCCAUGUAUGAUUACCUCUUUAUUACCAACUAAAAGUCAGCACGAUCCUAUUAAAGGAACUCAAGCCUUGUCUUGUGCCUCAAUAAUAGACUUAACAUCUUUUCGACUUCCUUCGGCAGAGCAGAGUUGGUGUGUUCUGGAGUUUGCAUGUAGAGAAGUUCACGAGUAUACUGGAGAUUGGAUAUUAUAUUUCUCAACUAACGCAGAACUUGAAAACUUCCUAUCUACUUUGGAAAAUUUGUGGGAGUAUAACAAUGAAAAUGGGGACAGUUUUCCUUUAACUACAAUUCCAGAAACUGACCCGCUUAGUAAGAAGUGUGUUGACGUUUAUACAUCUCUUAUAGGAGCAUGGCCAUCUAAUACUGUAUUAUUGCAGUUCGUGUAAGCUUACAAAAUGAUUUUUUUAAAAUUAAUUUCAGCUUCAGGUUGUGUAGUCGAUAUUAAUUACCUUUUAGCUAUAUUUUUCUAUGGUAGACAGUUUAGUAGGCAGUUUGUAUAUAAUUGUUAUUUUUACUAAUUUAUUAACUUUUACCUAAAUUAUUUUAAAAUAAUUUUAUAUCUAAGGUCUUAUUUUGUUAUCUAGUCUAUAUUGAAUAAGAUAUUGUGAUAGUUAUUAUAAUAAUGUAAUGAUGGUAUUAAAUAAUAAUAUUAAUAACUGUAAUACGCUUUGUGAAUUAAAUACAAAACAUAUAUGCACAUGUAGACAAGGCACAUUAAUAUAGUUAGGGAUAUUAAUUAUAAUAAUCAUCUGCAUUUUAAGGGUGCAAUUUAAACUUUGAUGUAUUAUUAGCUCACAAAUUGUAAUAAAAUUAUGAAUUAUCCACUUUGCCAUUUAGAAAUUUGUUUAAUUACAUAAUCAAUCUGUGUGGAACUAAUUAAUUGUGACGAGUAGUAUUAAUCUUGUUAAAUAAAAAGUAACUGAAUCGUGUUAUCGGUACUUUCGGAAGGACUCGGGUGUUUUGAGAAACCGUCCUUUGUUAUGGCCACCAGAAUGGUCUGCAAUUUUUUUUGUAUUCCGGGGAAUAUAUUUAAUUUAAUGUAAGCCUUUACAAUGAAAGUAGGUAUUAAUAAUUCUAAUGGUUCAUUUCAGUUUUUAAUUUUUGCUUUUGAAGAAAAAAUUUUGUAACCUAUUCCACUUUAGUUUUGGAAAUAUGAAUUCAAAACAUAUUACAUACAUCAUACAAACUUUAGCUUUAUUUUAUGAUUUGUUUGGCCAUAUCGGAUAAUUCCUUGGAUAAUUGGAUAAGUCCAUUUAAGAAAGUUAAACGGCCUAAGAUUUUGUGUAUAAAAUGCAAUAAACUGGUUUUUACAAAUGAAACAUGUCACGUUCAGUUUUUUUUUAUUUAGUUUUAAUGUUUCAUGCAUAAGUACCAUGCGGACAUUUUCCUUAAAGAAAUAAAUUUCUGAACAAGUGACAUAUUGCUUCAGUCGAACUUUGAAAUCGAAGUAUCUUUCUAGCUCAGUAGCUUAUUAAUUAUUUAUAUGAAAUAAUUGUACUUUAUAUAUAUUCACAUGCUGAUUUAUUUGUAACACUUUCCAAAAAAAAAACAGAGAUAGCAUAUACACUCCUAUACCUCUCGGCCACUGGGACGCUGCCUCCAGUAGUAUUUGCUCUAAGAGUUAAAGGGUAACGCCAGUCUAGAAAAUGGAAAAAAAGGUGAUUUUCGUGAAUUCUCAAAAAUAAAUCGAUACGAUAACAACAUAUAGUGUUAUGAACACAAUGGCUUUAUUGUACAUGUUUUCAGGUAAUAUUGUGUUUUUCAAAACGAUUUGGAUUCAAAAUGGUGACUGUAGAUAGCAAGCAACGACACCUUUUUUUUCAGAAAAAACACAAAAAUUUUCUGAUACUAUAUACUAAAUGUUAGGGAACAUCAUGAGGAAUCGGUCAAAAAAUAAAGAAGCUACAGGCUUGUAUCACAUUUAAGCGCGACACCUUGUAUACCCUGAGAAAAUUAAAUAAACAGGAAGCAAGUUAACAUUUUGGAAACUUAUUCUGUUUUCGUUCUGCCACCUGCAGUUGUUAUUAGAACGAAUAAAAACUAACAAAAUGGAUUAAAAAGAGCUGCGACAUUAGGUAUAAUUGCUAUUGCAAUAAGACGAAAAUUUUUAAUAAUUAAGUUGUCUUAGUAUAAACAAAGCUACUUCCAAAAAGGUUGGGGCUUGAUAUAGGCAGAAAUGGUCCGUAUUGUUCUGCUAUGUUACACUUAUGGCACUCUUUAUAUCACUGUGAUCAUAAAAAAGGUUUCUAUCCAAACAAAAAUAUGCAUGGUGUCCAGUUAAAAAAAAUAAGUGUCAGAUCAGAUCAGUCAUGUCUUUUUACCCCUGGAUGUCAAAUUUAACAACUAUCAGAUAUUGCGGUACUUCAUUUAUGAAAACACCCUGUAUAAAUUCUUUCAUAGAAAAAAAUCCAUAUUUGCAUACAUACCACAGGAAUGAUGCUUAUGCCCUUUACACGUAAAUAACUAACAAAAUUGAGUUAUUCAUAUUUCCAAAAUAGAGCAUAUUACAUAUUAUUUCUUCAAGAGAAAAAUAAUUUUUUUCAUAACAAAGUUUAAUAUUUCACAUAAUCUGAGGAAAAGAUGGUAUCGGUUGAGGUAUAACAAACUUUUCAAUGCAAGUUGAGCUCUCUCUUUUAAGAAUUAUACUUAGUAUUUAAUUAUUAAUCUAGCACUUCUUACAUUUUAUUUUAUUGUAAUGUCCUGUGCAUGACGAAGAUGGCACCUGUGGAGCAUUUGAGUUAAGUUGAAAAUACAAUAAAAUGUCUUCAUAUCAUAAAUAUUCCUUCUCAUUGCAAAAUAUCCAAAAUGAUUAUUCAGUAAUAAGUAAAUGAAAAAAAUGCCUGCUCUUAUUUAUA